UUCAGAUACCACAUCCUGUCAGAGGAUGGAAUGUCCUAUGUCUGUGUCACAGAGCUCAGCUAUGAGUCCAGGAGGGCCCAUGAAUUCCUUAACCAGGUCAAUUUACAUGUACAAUCUUAUACUGUACUGGCUUACAUAACGAGUUACAAUGACAGAUUCCACCACAAGACAUGGGGUACUGGUACUGUUUAAUGGCCAAAGAAAGGGGAACAUUUCAUGUGAAAUUGUUUAUUUUCUUCAAGUUAUACAUUCUUUACAGAAGUUAUUAAGUUAUACAAUGAAUUCUAAACAAUCCUGUGAUACCUAAACAGUAACACUUAAGCAUGUCAAAACAAUUAGAUUCAAUCUGUCUCUUUAAAAUAACAAGAGCGGAGCUUAUUUCCAUAAAUAAAGUGUAUGCUCUGCUCUUCCUGGUACUAGCCUCAUGUUUUGAACAGAAAGCUCUGAACAACAUGACCAGCCAUGGAAAUCAGGUUUAGCUUAUGUAGCAAGCGACUUCACUUUUUAUUGCCUUCCAGAUCUGCAGUUUCUUUGCUAACAGCCCCCUGAUAAAGAAAGCGGCCUUUGCCCAGCCAUAUGAAUUCAGCUCUGACCUGCAUCAGGUGCUUGGACAGCUGAUGGUAUGUCCUAAAGACACAUAUAAUUAGAAUUAGUAGAAUGAGAAUUCCUAAUCAGAACAACAUUACAUCAAUUCUUAUCAUCACUUUAUCUCUCAGUCAGAUUUCCUGUUUCUAUCUGAGCUGCUCUACAUGCAAUAUUGGGGUGUGCUAUAGAAAUAUAUAACGUUAUGAAGAUCUUCAUGGGGUGGGUUUAAGAGCAAUGUAUUUUCUACUAAUCCUAGUUCUAUGUAAAGGGAAGAGUGACUAAUGCUGUGUCAAUGGUAGAGCUACAGUGCAGCAGCAGUAGUUAAUGUGUAACUACAGGGAGGGGCGGCGCUGUGUGGAACCUGUGUCUCAACCUACAGCUGCUUGAAGCAGACUUUACCGGUCUCUACUUUAUUUACCAAGCUUGUAGUCAGUCUGGAUAAUAUGUCUUUGUGAAAUAUUUACCCUCUGAAGUGGUUGUGGAUAUAUAUUAAUUUUGUAAUACUAUUCUGACAUGGUAAGUAUUUUUACAUUUGUCAAGUGGCGGUUGUGAGGCAGUAAUAUGCCUUGAGGUCACACUAAUGAUCUGAAAUGUUAGCACUAUGGGGAGCAGAGCAAUAGUAGUUAAAGACUCAGAGACUAGGAACAACAGACUGUGAAUACAAUUAUUUACAUGUGACUUGCAUGUGUAAGUAAAUGUCUGAGUCCAGUGAUCUCUUAACAUUGCAAUAACCUUUUGGACUAAACAAAUCGGUGACCUAGCUGUGAGGAGGACUUUCUUGUCAGGAGAGUGUCAAUAAAGGAAUGGCUGAGGUUGAGCGAUAAAGCAACAUUUGCUUGGCCUGCUUUCAGAUACAGUAUGUUCAUAUGAUAUGUCCUGGAAUGUCAUGGAAUUGCAUUCUGCCCCAUCAUGUAUUGGCUCCUAUAUUUCACACAUUUUGUUUAAGUUAAUUGAUAUUGAUGAGUCCUCUUAACAUUGCUACUGUUAUCAUUGCUAAGUCAGAUGCAAAUUUCCACACUGUGAACAAAUACAGGUUUUCCAUUCCCUCCUGUCUGUGUGAUGAUCUGUGGUGAAAUGGGUCAUAUUUUUUUAUCAUACCGUAAUGAUAUGUGUCAUGUUAUUCUGAAGACAGAAUGUAUACACAGUAUGCCAUACCUAAUAUGUUGAUGUUAUUCAGAGAAGAUUCUCUCCCCUUCCUCUUCCUCUCUGUAGGCUGACUACAGUUCUCAACAGCCAGCCUCCUCUAAGCUGGACUCUGUGCAGGGCCAAGUCAACGAAGUCAAAGUUAUACUCAAAGACAACAUUGACAAAGUGCUGGAGAGGGGAGAGAGAUUAGAUGACUUGGUUGACAAGACACAUGACCUACAAGCAACCGUAAGUAUUAUAAAAAAAAUACAAUUGUGUUUUUACAUUUUUUAUCCUGGCAAGGUGAUAAGGAAGUGGGGUUCCUGUAGUCUAGAGAACAGCUUUAACCAGCCAAGCUGCAUUUGGUUUCCUGUCUGUUUCUGCUUUAGCUUGCUUGAAACACAAUUAUAUUCGACUUAACCUUCCAUAAUUUCCUCCCAUUUCCAGGCAGAUUCCUUUCAGAGGACAUCCACACGGGUAGCUCGGAAGUACUGGUGGAAGAACGCCAAGAUGAUGAUCAUCAUUGGAGUGAUAGUGCUGAUCAUCCUCAUCCUCAUCAUCCUGUUUGCUACAGGUGUCAUCCCCAGUUAA